UUGGAUAUUUAACACUAUGAGAUCUGUGUCCUAUCUGGAUGCGAAUUGAAACGUAUUAUAAUUAUUUAUUAUGCUACAGUAAACAGUAAUCAAUGGCGUAUGCGUUGCUAUCUUUUCGCUAAAUAUUGUUUUAAGACACAGGAUCAGGAUGUAUGUGGUUUACAGCUGAGUCAUAGGAGUUUUGUAGGGCUUACAUGUGCAGAACGUUUACCCUGCAACUUUGCGUUUAGAGUUAGGUUAUUAAUGCAAAGUGAUUAUCGCUCUUAGAGUGGAUAAGAUGAAAGUGUAGAUUUAUGUCACCAUGUGACCGAGAAGCGGUGGUGGGCUGGCGUAUGGCACUUAUUGACAGACAAUCGCUACUUGCACACUCGAGUGUCACGACCCCUGGUGGCCACUCCGUCCCUCCCCGAUGUAUGUAUAGAGGUUACCGUGUAAGAACUCGUUCAUUACUCUAUUUUCAUUCUCCAAUUGUGCUGAGAAUUUCCAACUCGUCCGCGUUGCGUCAGAGCCGUGAUUCUCUCUCUAGCUAUCAAACAAGUUCGCUUAGCUCGGUUUUGCGCUAAUCGAAUCUACAGUACUUCAGCCAAAGUGAAUUCUUUCCCUCACUAUUGGCCACAGAUGUGCGAAUAAUGGAGGACUUUCGAGCUCGCUGCACGCCACUGCGCUGCAGCUCGACGCCCUGCUCUCCAGUCAUCUCCAGAUCGAAUUCGUUUGCCGUUUCUAACCUCUUCAAGUUCCUGUCAAGAAGCCGGGAAGACGCCAUUUCGACGUGUUGCGCUACCAGUCCAGAGCGGUCGAAAGCAGAAACUCAUACUACACAGCUGGAUGCAAUGCCCAGGAGCAGACCGUUGUCCAGUUGGAAACCGUCAACACCUGUUCAGCUCUAUCGCCGUUUGCACAGUGUGCUCGCGUUGCGCCUCGGCGAACGAGACGACGUGAGGUGUGGAUAUGAGGCGGCUGUGGCGUGUACAUGGCUACGAGAUGCAGGAUUUCCUCAGUACGCUCAACUAUACGAAGCUGGGGAAUUUCCAGUAGAUGUGACAGAGGCGGAUGUGAGGAGAGAUCACGAUUUCUUGCAAAACGAUGAGCUAGGAGCUCUAAUGAGGAGACUUGACAUUCUUCGACGGUAUACCGGUCUGCGUUCGGAAGACUCCAAGUAUGACGAGUCCGAAGAGGAGGAAGAACACCAUCGAGCUAUCAGUAACAAAUGGAAAUUUCGUAAGACAAAACGCCAGUGGUGGCGUAGAGAUAGGAGAAAAACGAGUCGACAACAGAGUUUGAGGACACAAGCUAUUGGCCGGUCUCUACUCGCUGCAAAGAGCUCAAGUAGUAGUGAUGUUCGAUCGCCAGUAGUCCAGCCAGAGGGUGCUAUAGCACUCACAACGGCGUGUGCAGCAGCAGUAGCUCUUACUCCAACAAUAGGCAGUACUCUUUCUCCAUCUGGAAGCAGCACUGUCAGCUCUGCAAGUUCGGACUCUAUUGUUCUAGAAAACUCGUAUGUAUUAGAAGAUGGGGGCCAUAUGGCUGACGAAGAUCUAAUGUCGACACAUGAUAGAAUGGCACUAGCAGACAAUCUGGUGGCAUCGGGCAUUAACACUUCAGCGUCAACAACAAGCUCAGGUGACCAGAGUAAUGACAGUGAUUUUGACAGUGGAGCUUGUUCUGGCGAUAAAGAAGAAACGAAUGAGAGCUAUGAAGAGGCGCAAGUACCGAGACGACGAGGGAGUCAUUUAAAGUGGACUCAAGUCGUAUCAGCAGAUCCCGGAGCGAAUGACCCUGAAGUCGCAGUAAGUAAAGAGCAUACUAAGCCCGUUGUCGCAAAGAGAAAGCGUAUACGAUGGCACAGUUUUCAGAAGCAACAUCGAGAUUCCAUUCUGGUGCGAUCAAGAACGCAUUCGCCGAUAUCAGAGAUGUCAACAGGAAAACUUACAGUUCUUAGAAAACUUGCCCUUCUCAAACUCACUUCAAUGAUCGAGAGGUAUGCGAGUAUCUCAGCAGAUGGCCACUACUCAAUUGGCUCUGUCCAUCGAUAUAUCAAAAAGCAUUUGGCGAAGCAACCGGAUUACUCACGAAAGAAGCUCUUUGGGGUUCCACUGCAUGUGAUGGUUCAGAGAACUGGUCAACCUCUACCUCAGACCAUUCUGUACGCGAUGCGUUAUCUGAGAAGAACAGCUAUCACUUCAGUCGGACUGUUUCGUAAGGCAGGCCUGAGAGCCAAGAUACAUCAACUAAGAGCAAUCAAUGAGGACAAUCCCGAUAAUGUUCACUACGCUGACUUCUCACCAUACGAAGUGGCUGAUAUGCUGAAGCAAUAUUUUCGAGAAUUACCGGAGAAACUCUUUACAUACAAGCUGUCUGAAAGCUUAAUUCUCAUCUCAGCAUUUGUUCCAAGAGAAGUUCAAUUACAGGCCAUGCAGGCGGUUAUGCUUCUCUUGCCUGAUGAAAACAGAGAGGCACUUCAGUCAUUAGUACUCUUUCUCAAAGACAUCGCGGAAUACUCAAGCAAGAAUAAGAUGACGGCCGAGAAUCUUGCCGUCUGCUUUGCUCCUUCUCUGUUUUCAUUACCAGGACAAGGACAGCGGCACAGUUGGGAUGGCAGCUCAAAGAAACCUAAGCACAAGUCAAAGGGCCACGUGAAAGCCGCCAAAGAUAUGAACGACAGUGCUGUUCAUGCAAACAACAGUCUUGCUCUGAUGAUCAAAGAGUGUGAUACACUUUUUACGAUUCCUCGUGACUACCACAUGUAUUGUCGAUUUACUCAUCUGGAGGAGGGUGACCCUGUACCGUAUGAUGAAUUAGGAAACGAUGUCGAUGGAGGUGGAAAUUAUGGUCGAUAUAUCGAUUCGUGUGUAUCUGCAUUGCUCAAGGAGUCUAGCGAUCGGUUUAGAGACUGGGUUCAUUGCAUAUCGUCCGAUAACACGGAGAUAUCGUAUAAGAAAGUCGGAGACGGUCUCCAGCUCUGGUUAUGGCGAGGAGUGACCGAAGUCGCCACCGACUCUCAACAGAUUAUGCAUCGUCUUCUCAGAGAAAGACAUCUAUGGGAUGCAGACAUCGUCAAGUGGCGAGUCAUUGAGACUCUCGAUGAGCAAAGCGAGGUAUUUGAGUACAGUGUUCAUUCUAUGGCGCCUCAUCCGACAAGAGACUAUUGCACGUUGAGAUCGUGGAGAACCGACUUACCAAACGGUGCUCGAGCAUUGGUCGAGACGUCGGUGACCCAUCCCGAAUGCAAUCAUACAAACGGACUGACCGGGACUGUAUUGGCCGCCAGAUACUUGAUCGAGCCAUUGAGUCCUACUCGAUGUCGUUUAACUUAUAUUACCCGCAUUGAUUCAAGGGGUCGUUCCGCUGAGUUUUACAACAAUGCGCUUGGACCGUACAAUGCAGCUCUAGUUAGUCGAGUUCGAGACUCCUUUGUUCCUUCAGACAGUGGGAUGGAAACUGAAGUCUAGUUUGAUAGAUUUAACUAAUAUAAUUGAGAGUUCUAAUAGAGUUAUGUAAAUAUUACUACAGAACUGGAAUGCGCAACUUUAGGGUUGGAUUGUUUUGAGUCUUGUAUUGUGUAUCUUGUAUUUUGCUAUCAUGUUAUUUGAGGUACUAAAA